GCGCACGCGCACAGUAUGCCAUACAUCUCGGAGAAAAUCCGGUGAUUAAGACAAUUCUUGUUAAUCAGUUGAGUGGAAAACAUCAACUGUGACGGUCAUUAGAAAAUAUUUUUGCAUCCAUUUCAAUAUUGUGUUUGUGAUAUAAGGACGUCAGAGAGAAAAAUGAAAGCGGUCUUACGUCAUGGUGAUUAUAAAGUGUGGAGUGACGUUAUGUCGUAAAGAUGUGAACAGAUCUGGCCCGCAAAUAAAUCAAAGAUAAACAUAAACUUUAUUCAAUAAAAUGUACAGAGAAUUUGGACUCAGUAAAAGUUUACAGUGACGUAAAAUGGAGAAGAGAAGACAUUUCCAAUGGGAAAACUCGUUGUGGGUCGCGGUUUUGUUCCAAAUCGCAAUGUCUACGACGGUGAAUGUCACCACAACAUUGGCUCCACAGGAGAGUUCUGAAGAACCUACUGGGUAUGCUUGGAGUGCCUGGAGUAGCUGGAGUCCAUGCUCAAGGACAUGCGGGGGCGGUGUGUCUUUUCAAGAGAGACAAUGUUUACCCAGAACAAUAGUUCCACCGGCUAAUACAUCAGAAACAUCCGAGAUAACAGUACGCGUGACGAGACAAACACACGCAGAAGAAUGUUUAGGAGUCGACAAGAGGUACCACGAAUGCAAUACUAAUCCAUGUGCGGGUGGAGAAGUGAACAAACGCGCCGAGCAAUGUGCUGCGUAUGACAGGAGGCCAUUUCGCGGCAGAUUUUAUACAUGGGUUCCUUAUUUGGACGGUGAUUCUCCAUGUACGUUGAACUGCAGGCCGUUGGGGCAGCAUUUCUACGCAUCUCUGGCCCUGGUAGCCGACGGGACGCCGUGUACCAAGCAAGGGUUUCGAGCUAUCUGCGUUCAAGGAUCUUGUAAGGUGGUGGGGCACGAAUCAGUUUUAGCAGGGAAUGGGGCGCACGAAAUGCGUUGUGGCCGGCGACUCGUCUCAGGACUCUUCUCUCGACCGAGGCUACCUCUAGGUUACUCCUACGUCACAACGGUGCCUCCUGGUGCUUGCCGGCUAAACGUCUCCGAAAUCGUAGCUAGCGAAAACUAUAUCGCCUUGAAAAUAUCGAACAGUUCGUAUAUAAUGAAUGGUGAGUUUGCGGUGAGCGCGCCGGGCACUUACGAGGCGGCGGGCGCGCGCUUCGUCUACUCCCGCGGCGCCGGGCUUGACGUCAUCUACGCGCACGGGCCCAUACACUAUCCCAUCGACAUCAUGAUAUUAUACACGCAACCAAAUCCAAGUAUUAAGUACGAGUAUUUUACUGAAGCGACGGGUGAUGAUAAAUCAGCUUCAGUCGCCGACCUACCAGACAUUCCUUCAACAGCUACUACUAAACAUACGAGACGACAUCAUAACUUCGAUGCUCAUUCCAGAAGUCUCGGAGUUCCUAGGCAUCCAGAUUUAAGUAGCAUGUCUAAGAAAGAUUCUAAUCACUCUCUAGACGAAAAUUCUGGUGCCAACCGAAGAUUUGCGUGGAAGAUUUUGUCAUACACACAAUGUACGCGGAGUUGUGGUGGCGGUAUACAGUUGGGAAAGUAUCGUUGCGUGGAAAUCACCAAUGGGUCAGACAGAGAAGUAUCUUCAGUUCACUGCGCGGGAUCUCCGCCUGCCGGCCGCAGACGACGAUGUGGCAACACGGUGUGUCCACCACGAUGGAGGGCAGCUGCGUGGUCAGCUUGUCCUCGCUGCGGACCCGCAUCAAGAACUAGAAUCGUUGGUUGCGUCCAGGAUCAUGCAAGGGGUAUCACUAAGAUAAGCGAUCAAAAAUGCCUGCCGCCGAAACCGUCAACGACAGAACCAUGCGACAUACCGAGAUGCGACGACAACUACGGCAUGAGGCAUAUCGAAACGAAACGACCGACGCAACGGGAGCAUACAGACACCUUUCGCGAAGGGCCUGUCUACACCGUGGCUGUCAACACCUCCGACAUCGACAUUGGCCCGGAAUACAGUUUUAAUGCACCAGCUGGAUGGAUUUACACGGAGUGGUCCGAGUGUACAGGAUGGUGCGUGGGAGGUGGAGUCCAGACGCGGAAUGUGCGUUGUGCUGAUCCUUCAGGAUGUGCUCCAAGGAAAGAGCCUGAAGCAACUCGUACAUGCACCCUGCGCUUGCCUUGCGAGCCUCUCGAAGGUCAAUGGUUUACGAGCGAGUGGUCGAGAUGCUCAGCCAAAUGCGGAGGAAAACAAGUACGCAGUGUGUUGUGCAUUGGUGGCACUGGAAGGCGCCUCAGGAACAAUGCUUGCAAGGAGCCGAGACCAGAUCACGAGAGGGAUUGCGGAGGCGAGUGUCCUCCUACUUGGUACUUCAGCGAUUGGAGCCAGCGGGUUGAUGCGACCGUCUGCGCCACUUGA